AUGUCUGAACCAGCAACACCCACCAUCAAGGAAGUUUCGGCUUCUUUGAGUAAUCCAAUGAGCUCACUCGAAUUGUAUUUUUCUGAUCAUUUCAUGGAAGAUGAACCCAUGUAUCGAGUGUUUGAAUUUCCGGAAGGAUUUGAUAUUGAAAACUUUUUAAAUGGAAUUAAUGAUCCGAUGACUCAUGACGACGCCAAUCAAAUGAAAGAUGAAAAUGAUGAACAAUUUUUGAAAAUAGAAAAUAGUGUUGAGGAUUUACCAAUUGCUUUUUAUAUUAAAGGAGAGAGAACGGCUCCUGCAAUUUUAUGCACCGAUUCCAAUAGUUUUGAUAUCACAAAAGUGGAUACCUCCAAUACGGUACUUGUUUUCGAUCCCAAUAGUGGAGAAAUUCAUGGAAGAGUGUCAUGCAUGUAUGAGGUCACACCAACCAUUGUCCGAGUGAGAGAAGAAGUUGAAAAAGUUCUACCAUUCUAUCCAAAGAAUGGUUUGAGCGAGCUCUCAAAGUCUUCUUCGUUGAACUCAAUCUCUGGAAAUGUUAAAUUUCGUGCCGAAAAUCAAAAACAGGCGAUGACAUUGGCAGAAUUAGAAACGUGUAUUCGAGCGAGUCGUCAAGAGAUUCUGGAUUGUCUAAUUCACGAAUGUAAUGCCUUGUGUGAUGAUGAGAGUCAACGAUGGUAUUUGUUGGAUCAGAAGUUGUUCUUCCAGAUUUAUGAGUUGCUACUCUUGACAUUAGCCGAGACAUCUUUUACAGAUAAGCUUAUUCUUGAUCGAGAGUCAAUUGACAAAGAACUAAGUCAGGAUUAUGAUUCUGUUUUGCUUCAACAUUGUCUACAAUUAAUAUCCGUCAGGGAUAGAAAUGAUCAACAACAUACACUUAAUUUAUUCUCCAACACUGUAGAGAUUGAUAUUGACAAAAUUUGUAUUUUCAAUGCAAUUUCUCUAUUCUCUUCUCACAACAAGUGGAGACUUCAAGACUUUCAGAAUACUUGGCAUGAAUCUUUGAGCUCUUUUCAGCAAUUGCAAGGAUUUAAAAAUCCUGAAGUUUCUUCGCUUAUUUCACAAGGAUAUUGUGUGACGGUGGAGGAGGAAAAGAAUGCAUCUCAAGAUAGUAUAAUGCUUUAUUUCCUCGAUCGACGAUCGCUUCCAUCUCAAUUCAAAGAACGUCUCUCGAAAAUGUUUACGUGCAAACCUAAAUGGACAUUUAAUGAGUUGCUUAUAUAUCUUGCAGAAUUGUUCCCAGCCACAAAGAAUGAAUCAUCUCUUCAUCAAGAAAUGGAAGCCAUGCUUCGUAAGCACUGUAAGGUUCAACAAAAUCCACUCAAAAAAGAAAAAUACUACAUGAUGAAGUAG